UGCCUUCCUACUUCGGUGUACUCGUAUUUACCAACACUGUAGAGAGAGAAGUUGUGGUGUCUCUGAGGGCUGGACAGGGGUUGGUUCGAUGGUGCAUACUGCAGCAGACUGAUGGAAGCCUAGAUUUUGGUUACAUACCCAUCCUUUGGGCAAACGGUUUCGUGGAGGCUGUCUUGAGAACCAGCACUACCGAUCGUUUAGUUGGCACACAGGCUGCGCUUCCUCGUCACCUUCAUUGGUACAUUGAAAAAUCUUGGAAAAAGAUGCGUUGGGCAUAUAUUGAGCAACCACCAUUUAGUCUGUAGAUGAUCUUAUGUUGGCCAAGUCCUCGAGCGCUAAAGGCUCGGAGAAAUUCACGGUGUCUGGUUUCAUGAUGGGUGGGAACUUUGGGUACUUCCCCACCUCUCAGUAAAUCUCCUCUCCGACUGGAACCUAGCUUCCCAAGCUUAAGGAUCGAGGGUCGAGGAGGGUCAUGGGCAAGAGGCAGAAGAAGAAGCAGGCGCGAACCAGUAGGAAUAUCCAACAGGUGCAGCGAGCAAACGCAUCUAAGCAAGCUGCUGCGUCGAUCAUGUCGCCUGUGCCCUUGUCUUCGCAAGGGACAAGUGUUGACGAUUCCACUCUCGAAUAUCCUGCGCUAAACAUUGAAGGUUCAAGCUGCUGUCAACAUGUCGAGAGUAGCGUCAAUUUAGACCAGUUGCGCUCCCAGGUUGCCACAAAACCCUCGCCCCAGUGCCAUGAUAGUAUAUUGGAAAAAAAGGUCAAAGGAGCGAAACUACCAGCAGUGGACGAACCUCUGUGGACAUGUCUUGCUUCUGAUCAGACUAAAUGCGGUUCUCAAAUAGUUGAAGCGAAGGUUGAUGAACAGAACGAUGAUUGUUCCAGUGGUUUCCCGAUUGAUGUCUCUCAUUUAAAGACACAGAAAUCAGCAGCUGUAUUGCAGGACAGUAGAGCUCUUCAUUCGAGCACCUCGGAGAAGAAGGAUGCUGAGUCGGAACAAGACGAUCCCUCACCGUCCAAAAAUCCCACUAUGGAAGUGGAACCAGUCAGGUCGUUCAAAACCAGACGGGUGAUGAAGGGGUUGAUGAAUUUGGGCAACACUUGCUUCUUCAACUCAGUGAUGCAGAAUCUGGUUGGUGUGAGAAUGCUCCGAGAGCAUUUUAGUAAAGAAACAAUUGCGCAAGAAGGUGUGUUAAAGUUAUCUCUUAGGAAGUUCUUUAUGGAAAUGGAUCCCAACCCUAUUGAGAGAUCAGAUUUGGACAUUGGAGCCGAAAGAUCAACCAGGGCUCGCUCUUUUGGAAAUGGUAUCGUGGGCGGCGCUGUAAAUCCGAAAUUACUAUUUUCUGAGAUCUGUAAGAAAGCUCCAAGGUUUAGGGGUUUCCAGCAGCAGGACAGUCAUGAGCUUUUGCGGUGCUUACUGGAUGGAUUGCACAUGGAGGAAGAAAGCAUAAGGAAGGCCCGAACUGGUGCGGAUAAGGAGAUUGAGUCAGCUACUGAUUCUAAAGUCAAAGAGAACGGAAGCCUCGAUAAAGUCCCCAAAAGGUCCGAGACAUUGGUGGAGUAUAUGUUUGGUGGGCAGUUUUCAAGCACUGUGACUUGUUGUGAGUGUGGUCACUCGUCGGUUGUGUAUGAGCCCUUUUUAGACUUAUCUUUGCCAAUUCCGUCUAAACAAUCUCUUGGCAAGAUUUCGGAGCCUAUGGGCGUGCCCAUAUUGUUUGCACCGCAAAAUAAAAGAGAGAACUCUUAUGGCAAUGGAAUUUUAAGCUCCAAAGCUCCACAAAGUUCAACGUUAGUAUUGGGACCAGUAGAUGAUAUGGGUACUGUCAUCAAGGAUAAAAAGAGGUUGGAAAUACCUGCUUCUAUUGUUGGUUUUAAUUUAGAAUGUUGUGCUCGUGGUGGCGGCGGUGUAAGCUUUAACACCUCCGACAGGAAUGAUUUGAAAUCUGAGGAAUGCGAGAGAGAACCUACGACUGGUGAUAAGGAAUACGGUGCUAGAGGAGUUGGUCCACCUGCUACCCCUAUUUCCUGUGAGAUUGUAGCGGAUGGUGUUGCGUGUUCUAGCACAGGAAACUAUACCGAUCCAUGGUUUGAAAACGCGGGGGAGCAUGUCAAGGAGAUUGGCAAAGAGGGUGUUGGUACUGCGAUACUGGACGAUCAACGGGUUGGUUCCGCUACUUCGGCAACUGUUAGCGAAUCACCAGAUGUCAUAGCUGAUCUAUCUAGAGAUGUCGAAGCUAAUUCUCAAGGAGUCCCUUCAACCGAGCAUGGAGGGGGAGUUCUUGAGAACUCAUCUAGGAAGAUUUUUUCUGCGCAAGAGCUAAUAGUUUCCCAAGCUGUUGAGCCAGUUGAUGUUAAAUACCAGAUGGAAGAAGUAACCGUCCCGUAUGGUCCCCAUCUUCCAUCUGAAGGCGAUGGCUGGACGGAGAACAAGUGUAUGGCCCUGGUUCUGCUUCCACCUAGUAAUCCGUUGUCAGAGGUGGAGAUGCACACUCUUGUAGGCUGCUCUGAGAAACCAUCGGCUGGAAAUCAAUCCAGCAUGAACCAAGAAGCCACAUCGACAAGCGAUAGCAAGUUGGGGUCUAUCAUUCCUGCUGAAGAAGAAGGUGAAAUUGAUGUUGGUAUAGGAGGUCUCUUUGAUGAUACGGACUACUGUUUGCCUUCGAGGAAUGACACAGCGUCUGUGUCUCAAGGUUGGAAAUCCGAUGAUUUUGCCUGCUCCAAUAGUAUGGACGCUCUUGUUGUUUCUGAUGGUAGAUCUGGAUCCGCUAGGGUUCUUCGCGAAGAAGAUUCGUAUCCCACUAUGUCACUUGAAGGCUGUUUGCAGGCUUUCACUAAGGCUGAAGUUCUGUCAGGAGAGAAUGCCUGGGCUUGUGAAAAUUGCACUCGGAUUGCGCAUAGCCAGCUAGAACUCGAUAAACCUAUUUUGGACAAAGGAGGACAAGCACCACAUUGCUUAAAUCAAUCUUUUAAACCUGAAGACCACAGUAAUGAGAUUGGACCUUCUUCAGACAGUAACAGCUCUGUUGAAAGAGCGAGGAAGUUGGUAACUUUCAAAUAUCCUGAACGUUGUACUGAGAAUUUGAGUAGUUCCAUGAGCAUGAUGUUAGAUAUAUCACAAGGAACAGAUGAGUCUGGAGAAAAUUCAGAUAAACGAGAAAACGGGGGCAUGAGUAAAUAUUUUCCAAUGGAGAUGUUUAAUGGAUUGGUUGAAAAGCAAAAUGACGUGGAAACGGUAGAUGGCAGAGCUGGGGCAGAUUUAGACGUCAAAGAAGAAUAUCAACCUUUAAGUUCCUCCAAAGAUGAUACAGGUGAGCCAUAUGUUAUGGUGGAUGGUCCAACAGCAAAUGCUGAUGAAACUGAGAAGAGUACGGCAUCAAGUUGUGGUAGAAGUGAUGUCAGUUCCGCCGAAAGGGCUCAUAGCCCAGAUAGGAAUGGGACGGCUUCUGUAAGAGCUGGUCUUGAAGCAGUUCCUUCUAGGCCGAAGGAGGAAAUUUGUGCGAAGAAACUGGAAACGGAUGCUCCUAAGUUGGUCAGCGUGAAAAGGGAUGCAACGAAAAGGUUCCUCAUUAGUAAAGCGCCACUCGUCCUUACUGUGCACUUAAAAAGGUUUGCCCAAGACUCUUAUGGGCGAUUGAGCAAGCUGGGCGGCCACAUCACCUUUCAUGAGCAGCUUGAUCUGGGUCCGUUUGUGGACCAAAGGGAUGGGGUUAAGCAAGAUGGUGUCUACCAACUAAUUGGUACUGUGGAGCACUCUGGGACAAUGCGAGGCGGUCACUAUGUUGGGUAUGUCAAAGGAGAAUCAGAUGAAUCCAUAGAAGGCACAUCUACAUGGUAUUAUAUCAGUGAUUCACAUGUUCGUAAGACAAGUCUAGAAGAUGUAUUGCAGAGUGAAGCCUAUCUACUCUUUUAUGAAAGGCUAUCUUUUGAUUAGGGAGCAUUUAAGGUUGAUUACAAGUGCUUAGAACAAUCUUUCUGAGAAAAUUUUAACGUUCACGUCUUCAAAUUAGUGCGGAGUCUAAAUACUUAGGUCUUCUUCUAGUUCCGGCGGAAAGAAGUCAUGUUUUUUUUAAUUCAGCAUGUUUGAUACUACGGGGUUUUUAUUGCUCCGUCAUUUUUACUCAAAUGUCUUUUGUAAGCCCUGUCAAAGUAGGAAGUUCAAGGGUGUGUACAAUAUCCUUGAGCCAGAGGUCUGAACGUGUUCUGCAGGUAUCAGUGAGUAGUAAGUAGCGCUCCAAGUAGAACAUGACGGGUUUCUACGUGUUAGAGAAUUUUACGAGGCAGUUCAUAGGUCAAGAUAGAAAACGGAACUGACUUGGUUCCAAUUGCUGCACAGCACGCCUUCUUGGGCUAGUGUUUAUCUUGUAGGAUUUUGUGUCCCUGGAAAUAUUAGAGGCUUAGAGCCGUUGGUGUUCUUGCAUCAAAUUUGUUAUGUUAUUUAUCAGUCCUGAAUUGGCCUUUUAUCGAAUCUACAAAGUUAAUCUUGA